AACACUAAUCAUAAUUGUCAAACUGAAAAUCGUUUCUGUUUGCAUGCGAUGGAUAUAUAGAUAUUUGUGUGUAAUUUGUAUUAAGAUCAUAUAAUCGUAAUUCAUUUUAUAAGAAUUAUAUAUUAUCUCGUAAAUUCAAAGAGAAACAAGCAAAAAUGGGGCGACGUUCCAUCAAUACCACUAAAAGUGGUAAAUAUAUGAAUCCAACUGAUCAAGCAAGGAAAGAGGCGAGAAAAAAAGAACUAAAGAAAAAUAAAAGACAGCGGCAAAUGGUUAGGGCAGCAGUGCUUAAAAUGAAAGAUCCUACGCAAAUUCUAGAAGAGCUACAGAAAAUAGACGAAAUGGAAUUUAACGUGCUACAACCUUCACCGCUUAACGAAAAAGUGUUAAAAGAAAAAAGAAAAAAAUUAAGAGAGACAUUUGAUAGGGUGCUCAAAAUGUAUGACAAAGAUGACCCAGAGAAAUGGGUAGAGUUGAAGCGUCAAGAAAUGGACUAUGAGAAAAGAAGAACACAUCUAAUGUCAUAUUAUGAUUCUGGUAAGCAUGCGCAGUCUGUACAAGUUGAUGACAUACCUCUGCCUACCCCACAACUACCAGAUAAUCUACUUUAUGGAAAUCUUCCAUCACAAAUCCCUCUGCCAAUGGACACGGCGCAGAGUAAUGGACCUAUUAAAUCCAUAUUGAAGAAGGACACAUUUUACAAAGAGAAGCCGAGCGGUUUAGAACCUCCUGGAGUGCCACCGGGGCCUCCGGUUAGUUUUGCCUCGCUACUUAUGGAAGCUAAAAAGGCGAAAAAGAAGAGUCUACGGUUCUCGGAUAUGCCUGAUGAGGGACCACCGGGAGUUACUAGCAUCACAAUGGCGCCUCCACCAAAAUUGCCACAACCUCUUAUGACGUCUAUCGAAAACGUGGACGGAGAAGCAAUAGAAGAAGAUACGCAAUCAACCACCGCGGUGACUCCGGCGCCGAAGCCCACUUCACUGCAGCAAAGGAUGUUGGCUCUCUCCGGACAGAACAUAGACGACUUCAUGAAAGAGAUGGAAGAGGUACACAGGAAGAAAGAAAGGGAUAGAGCGGCUGAUCUGAGCGCCAGACUAAAUGCCCUGAAGCGCAACACUGGCGGAAGGGACAGUGACUCGGACAGCGACACCGAGGCCGGUGGGCUACAAGGCCCGCCGCCACAACUCGCGCCCGACUUCAGCAUAGAGCCGCCCGGCGCCGAGAUGAGGCAGAUGCCGCCGCCGCUGCUGCCGCCUGGUUUACGACCACCACCGAUGCGUCCGCCGCUGGGCCCCCCGCCGAUGCGCCUGCCGCCCCCCGGCGUGGUGGCGGCGGGGCGCGGCGCGCUGCGGCCGCCGGGCCCGCCGCCGGGCGCGCCGCCGCGCCUGCUGCGGCCGCUGGUGCCGCCGCCGCCGCCCAAGCCUCUCCCGCAGGUGUCCGUGCUCAGCGCCGCGCCGCAACUCAUCUCCAAAAAGGAUGCUGGUAUAAAUCAGUGCACAACAAUAAGUGCAAAGCCGCAAAUAAGGAAUCUGUCCGCGGACGUGACUCGGUUCGUGCCGUCCGCGUUGAGAGUGAAGCGAGAGGACAAGAAAGCCAAGCCGAGCGUCAAGUCAUUGCUGCAGCGGCCCGCGGACAUUCCCAAACAGGCGCCGAGCAAAGACGACGCGUACUCGCAGUUUAUGAAGGAAAUGGAGGGAUUGUUAUAGGAACAAGACCGCCUUCAGGUAGAAGUUUUUAAUAAUAGGUUAGGAGUGGACAUAAAUAUCGGUUACUUUUCAGUUCAAUUCACAUUUGCAGCCAAGACUGUGAGAUAGCACGGAAUACUGUUUUAAGUUUUCUAUAAGUUGUAAAUAGACAUGUAAAGAUUUAUAAAAGUGGAUUGUGUUAUUUACCCUUAUAUUUUACUAACAUAGUAUGCAAAUGUGAAAAUAUAAGUUUUAUAAAGAAGUUUGCUGCUAGGUCAUACUAUAGAAAAUAAAUAAUAAUAAAGUCUGA